AUGUCAGGCCAACCUCACCAGGGCGACUAUGAUGAUGGCUACGGCCAACAUCAUGGCAACGACGCCUAUUACCAGGAGGACCAACACGGUUACCAUGACCAGUAUGACUACGGUCAUCAGCAACACGGAGGUGAAGGCUACUAUGAUGAACCGGGAUACUACAAUGCCGAUGCUUCAAACCCCUACCACAACGACGGCGGUUACUACGAAGGUCAUCAAGGCUACCAGGAUGACUACUAUGACGGCCAAUACUAUGACCAGGGUGCUGCUGGACAGCAAUACCAACAAGGACAACGCCCGAGACGUCGCGGUCAUGACUCUGAAGAGGACUCGGAGACAUUCAGCGAUUUCACCAUGAGAUCAGACAUGGCUCGUGCAGCUGAAAUGGAUUACUAUGGCCGAGGAGACGAGCGCUAUAAUAGCGGCUAUGAGGGUCAAGGCGGCCGCGGAUACCGGCCUCCAUCUUCUCAAAUCUCAUAUGGUGGUAACAGGUCAUCCGGUGCAUCAACUCCAAUCUAUGGGAUGGACUACAACAAUGCUUUGCCAGCCGGCCAACGUUCUCGUGAGCCUUACCCGGCCUGGACCUCCGAUGCUCAAAUCCCCCUUUCGAAAGAGGAGGUUGAAGACAUAUUUUUGGAUUUGACAGCCAAGUUCGGCUUCCAACGCGACAGCAUGCGCAACAUGUACGACCACAUGAUGACUUUGUUGGAUUCCCGAGCUUCGAGGAUGACGCCGAACCAGGCGUUAUUGUCUCUCCACGCGGAUUAUAUUGGUGGUGACAACGCAAACUAUCGCCGGUGGUAUUUUGCUGCUCAUUUGGAUCUCGACGAUGCAGUGGGUUUUGCCAACAUGAAGCUCGGAAAGGCGAACCGCAGAACACGAAAGGCCAGAAAGGCUGCUGCGAAGAAGGCAAAGGAGAACCCGCAGAAUGAGGAGGCCACAUUGGAAGCCUUGGAGGGCGACAACUCCUUGGAAGCCGCCGAGUACCGUUGGAAGACACGCAUGAACAAGAUGUCGCAGCAUGACCGUGCCCGCCAGAUUGCUCUCUACCUUCUCUGCUGGGGCGAAGCCAACCAAGUUCGUUUUAUGCCCGAAGCGCUCUGCUUCAUCUUCAAGUGUGCAGACGACUACUUGCACUCUCCCGCAUGCCAGAGCCGUGUCGAGCCAGUCGAAGAAUUCACCUACUUGAACACUGUCAUCACUCCUCUCUACACCUAUAUCCGUGACCAGGCCUACGAGAUCAUCGACGGGAAAUAUGUUCGUCGAGAAAAGGACCACAACAGGGUCAUUGGCUACGAUGACAUCAACCAGCUCUUCUGGUAUCCCGAAGGUAUUGAGAGAAUCGUGAUGCAAGACAAAUCGCGCAUUGUUGAUCUUCCACCUGCUGAGAGAUACCUGAAACUGGGCGAGGUCAACUGGAAGAAGGUUUUCUUCAAGACGUACAAGGAAACGCGCUCCUGGUUUCACUUGAUCGUCAACUUCAACCGUAUCUGGGUUAUCCAUCUCACGACUUUCUGGUUUUACACGGCUUUCAACUCUCCGACGCUGUACACUAAGAAUUAUCAGCAACAACUGAACAACAAGCCCCACGCUGCUGCCCAGUGGUCCGCCGUCGCCUUGGGUGGCACGGUCGCGACUUUGAUCAAUAUCUUGGCAACUCUGAUUGAAUGGUCGUACGUCCCUCGGAAAUGGGCUGGUGCUCAGCAUUUGACCAAGCGACUUCUCUUCUUGAUCGGCGUCUUCAUCGUCAACAUUGCUCCCAGUGUCUACAUCUUUGGCUUCACCCAAACAGGGAAGAUCGCUCUGAUCCUGGGUGUGGUGCAAUUCCUCGUUGCUCUGGCCACGUUCUUCUUCUUCUCGAUCAUGCCUUUGGGCGGGUUGUUCGGGAGCUACUUGACCGGAAACAGUCGUCGCUACGUUGCCAGUCAAACGUUUACGGCCUCGUAUCCUCGCCUUAAGGGUAACGACAUGUGGAUGUCUUUCGGUCUCUGGAUUAUGGUCUUCGCUGCCAAAUUGGCUGAGUCGUACUUCUUCCUGACUCUGUCCUUCAGAGACCCGAUUAAGAUUCUCUCCUACACCAAAAUCCACAAUUGUCAGGGAGACAAGAUUCUGAAGGACUACCUUUGCAAGAGACAGCCUCAGAUCUUGCUCGGUAUUAUGUUCUUCACCGAUCUGAUUCUGUUCUUCUUGGAUACCUAUUUGUGGUACAUCAUUUGGAACUGCGUCUUCUCGGUCGCUCGGUCAUUCUACCUAGGUGUAUCCAUCUGGACGCCGUGGCGAAACAUCUUCUCUCGCUUGCCGAAGCGAAUCUACUCCAAGGUCCUGGCUACCACUGACAUGGAAAUCAAAUAUAAGCCAAAGGUUCUCAUCUCACAAGUCUGGAACGCCAUCGUCAUUUCCAUGUACCGAGAACAUCUUCUGGCAAUCGACCAUGUCCAGAAACUGCUCUACCACCAAGUGCCUUCAGAGCAGGAGGGCAAGCGUACGCUUCGCGCGCCUACCUUCUUCGUCUCUCAGGAAGACCAUUCGUUCAAGACUGAAUUCUUCCCGUCGCAGAGCGAAGCCGAGCGUCGUAUCUCGUUCUUUGCCCAAUCACUGUCUACACCUAUCCCCGAACCUCUUCCAGUUGACAAUAUGCCGACUUUCACGGUCCUGAUCCCUCACUACGGCGAAAAGAUUCUUUUGUCUUUGCGAGAGAUCAUUCGUGAGGAUGAGCCAUAUUCUCGUGUCACACUCCUUGAGUACCUUAAACAGCUCCAUCCUCAUGAGUGGGACUGCUUUGUCAAAGACACCAAGAUUCUCGCGGAUGAGACGUCUCAAUUCAAUGGCGACUAUGAGAAAUCCGAAAAAGAUACAGCGAAGAGCAAGAUCGAUGAUCUUCCGUUCUACUGCAUUGGUUUCAAGUCCGCAGCGCCAGAAUAUACUUUGCGUACUCGAAUCUGGGCCUCGCUCCGGUCUCAAACACUAUACCGCACAAUCUCUGGGUUCAUGAACUACAGCCGAGCCAUCAAACUCCUGUACCGCGUUGAAAAUCCCGAAGUGGUUCAGAUGUUCGGCGGCAACUCUGACAAGCUUGAACGUGAGCUCGAACGCAUGGCAAGACGCAAAUUCAAGAUUGUGGUUUCAAUGCAGCGCUAUGCCAAGUUCAAGAAGGAGGAACGUGAAAAUACUGAAUUCUUGCUUCGUGCUUAUCCUGACCUUCAGAUCGCUUACUUGGAUGAAGAGCCGCCUCAAAACGAAGGAGAGGAGCCUCGCUUGUAUUCGGCCCUGAUUGAUGGGCACUCGGAGCUACUCGAGAACGGCAUGCGCCGACCUAAGUUCAGAGUUCAACUUUCCGGUAACCCUAUCCUCGGAGACGGCAAGUCCGACAACCAGAAUCAUGCGAUCAUCUUCUACCGCGGUGAAUAUAUCCAGCUUAUUGACGCCAAUCAAGACAACUACUUGGAAGAAUGCCUGAAGAUCAGAAGCGUCUUAGCCGAGUUCGAAGAGAUGACGACGGAUAAUGUCUCGCCGUACACUCCUGGGCUCCCCCCAACAAAGACCAACCCAGUGGCAAUUCUCGGUGCUCGUGAGUACAUCUUCUCUGAGAACAUUGGUGUACUUGGCGACGUCGCUGCUGGCAAAGAACAAACUUUCGGCACACUCUUCGCUCGUACUCUGGCUCAAAUCGGUGGCAAACUUCAUUAUGGUCAUCCUGAUUUCCUCAACGGUGUCUUUAUGACAACUCGAGGCGGUGUCUCCAAGGCACAGAAAGGACUCCACCUUAACGAAGAUAUCUACGCUGGAAUGAAUGCUCUCAUCCGUGGUGGCCGCAUCAAGCACUGCGAAUAUUAUCAGUGCGGAAAGGGUCGUGAUCUUGGUUUUGGCUCUAUUCUCAACUUCACGACCAAGAUCGGUACUGGUAUGGGUGAACAGAUGUUGUCCCGAGAAUACUACUAUCUCGGUACCCAGCUGCCCUUGGAUCGCUUCCUGUCUUUCUACUAUGCGCAUCCUGGUUUCCACAUCAACAACAUGUUCAUUAUGUUGUCGGUGCAGCUCUUCAUGAUCGUGCUGAUCAACCUUGGUGCCUUGAGACACGAGACUAUCAUCUGUUUCUACAACCGCAAUGUCCCACCAACGGAUCCUCUCAAGCCUACUGGAUGCACAAACUUGACUCCUAUCAUGGAGUGGGUGGAGCGUUGCGUUGUCUCGAUCUUCAUCGUCUUCUUCAUCUCCUUCGUGCCCCUGGUCGUUCAGGAGUUGACGGAGCGUGGAUUCUGGCGCGCUGCUACUCGUUUGGCUAAGCACUUUGCAUCUGCCUCUCCAAUUUUUGAGGUGUUUGUGUGCCAAAUCUAUGCCAGCUCGAUUCAGCAGGAUCUUUCAUUUGGUGGCGCACGAUACAUCGGUACUGGCCGUGGCUUUGCGACAGCACGUAUUCCAUUUGGAGUCCUCUACUCUCGCUUUGCUGGUCCAUCAAUCUACCUGGGAGCUCGGUCGUUGAUGAUGUUGCUCUUCGGCACCAUCACCGUUUGGGGUGCCUGGCUCUUGUGGUUCUGGGUCUCCCUGCUCGGCCUAUGCAUCUCGCCCUUUAUUUUCAACCCUCAUCAAUUUGCCUGGAACGAUUUCUUCAUCGAUUACAGAGACUACCUCAGGUGGCUGUCUCGGGGCAACUCGCGGUCGCAUGCCUCAUCUUGGAUUGCCUUUUGCCGACUGUCACGUACUCGUCUCACUGGAUACAAGCGCAAGGCCCUGGGAGUUCCAUCCGAGAAGCUCUCCGGGGACGUUCCUCGUGCUAACUUCACUAGCGUCUUCUUCAGCGAGGUCGUCGGUCCACUGGUGCUUGUCUGCCUUACCUUGAUCCCGUACCUCUUCAUCAAUGCCCAGACUGGCGUGACAACCGAUGUGAAGCCGCCUACAAACUCUCUCGUGAGAGUGGCUAUUGUUGCUUUCGCCCCGAUCGCCAUUAAUGCUGGUGUGCUGGCUGGUCUGUUCGGCAUGGCUUGCUGCAUGGGUCCUCUCUUGAGCAUGUGCUGCAAGAAGUUCGGUUCGGUCCUUGCGGCUAUCGCGCACGGCGUCGCUGUCAUUAUGCUCUUUGCAUUCUGGGAAGUCAUGUUCUUCCUCGAGGGAUGGAUUUUUGCCAAGGCACUCUUGGGCAUGAUCGCUGUGGUGGCUUUGCAACGAUUCAUUUUCAAGUUGAUCAUCGCGCUCUGCUUGACCCGAGAGUUCAAACACGAUACUUCCAACAUCGCCUGGUGGACUGGCAAAUGGUACUCGAUGGGCUGGCACUCCAUGUCCCAGCCUGCGCGAGAAUAUCUUUGCAAGAUCACUGAGCUGGGCUUUUUCGCAGCGGACUUUAUCCUGGGCCACAUCAUUAUGUUCAUCAUGCUGCCUGCUCUCUGCGUCCCUUAUAUCGACAAGUUCCACUCGGUCAUGCUUUUCUGGUUGCGCCCUAGCCGUCAAAUCAGACCCCCCAUCUACUCGAUCAAACAAUCUCGUCUCCGCAAGAGGCGUGUCAUUCGCUACGCUAUUUUGUAUUUCAUCAUGCUCAUCAUUUUCCUCGUGCUCAUCAUUGGGCCCAUCAUUGUCCGGAAAUACAUCACUGGCCUACCAACCAUUCCUCUCGACCUCGUUCAACCUACUGGACAGAACAACAACGAUACAACCACAGGCGUCACCGGAUCUGCUCUCGUCAACUUUGGCCAGGACGCUGGAACUGCUGCUGCCACGGCUGCUGCUACUACCAGCUCCAACUCGAACGACCCCUUCAGUUUUGGUGGCGGUGGACGAUUCGUCCGAUGGUAA